AAGUUCUGCUUCUCUUAUUUAGUGGUACUUUCAUUAGUUGGACACGGUACCACCCAUUGGUCAGAUACACCAGAAUCAUUAGUUUUAGAUUUUGGGUUACAAAUGGACUGUCUAACGCAAUCGUUCCCCUCUAAUCCUAACCUUUAUCAAAUGACUAGUGAAAUGCAUAUAUUUUAAAAAUAGGAGUUCCUAAUUUGGGGAUUUUGAUGACUCACCAGAACUAAUUACUUUUUUAAAAUCACAGACUGAUGUUGCGCAUUAAUGGUGCAGCUCAAUGUAUGAAUAGCGGUGGCCAAGUAACAAAGACCAUCAUUGUAAUUAAUAUUCCUAACUUUCUCAGUGAAAUGGUGAUCCCACAGUAAAGUAAUUGUUUCCAUGGGGGUCUUAAGGGCUGUAGAUAUGGAUGGAAUCCACCCAGGACUUUUAUGAACUUUUUGUGUUGGUGACAAAACUGCCCAAAUAUGCAAAAAAAUUAUUUCACUUUGAAGCAGUCUGUCUAAAAUCCUGAUAGACCACUUCAGUGUGCUUAGGGGCCCAGUGUCCCUAUGGUUAUAGGUUAGGGAGGGGUAAAGCUAAAUUCUUGGCCAUGUAGAGCCCAGCAUUUUUUAUUUUUUUAUUUUUGUUUUUAUUUACUUGUAGGCAGUUGUAAAAAAAAAAAUAGUAAAAUCGUUCUGCCUUAGUUAAUGUUAAAGGAUAAAUAUUCUUAAAACAAACAUAAACCUCUUUCCUUAUUCAGCAAUACACUAAUAUAUAGUAAAUAUUCAAAUUUGUGCAACUUCUGUAUACAGCCAGGCUUACCAUUUGUCAGGAAUUAGAAAACAUGAACAAUUCAAUAUUCCAUCAAAAUAUUUUGAACUUCCCUAGUUUCCAACAUGUUACAUUAGCCUACUACUGUAAAGGAUCAGAAUAGGCCACUUCUUCCACCCCUGCUUGAAACUGACCUUAACUGAAUUUGAACUGCUAUCGAAGAAAGCGAUGAGAAAUCUGGAUAAUUCAGAUCCAGGCACCAUGUAUUAACGCAGGGAAAUCGCACUAAUAUAAUCAUACAUCAUGCUGGACCGAGUCAUGAGAGGAGACAGCACUUCUGGAUUUGCACAGAAGAAAUACUUCCUGACACUCCAGACAGCCAAUAGCUGAUCAAAUUGAUUAUUCCCACUGACCAAUCAUUGCCGUCGUUACGACCCACCUCACGCGGAGGACAGUGAUCAGGGGGCAUUUCAGAACCUGGGAGCUGUCCAUUGUGCAAGAGCCAGCUGAGAACAGACGGUGAUAAUGGCCAAGGUGAAGCAGGUGGGCUUGCUGGCAGCAGGCUGUCAGCCCUGGAAUAAAGAUGUGUGUGCUGCUAGUGGAGACCGCUUCGCCUACUGUGCUACUUUGGCUAUAUACAUCUACCAGUUGGAUCUGCAGUACAAUGAAUUUAAAUUGAGGUCAAUCAUGUCAGAGCACAAGAAGACCAUAACAGCCAUCAGCUGGUGUCCUGACAACCCUGAUCUGUUUGCGUCAGCCUCUGCUGAUAACCUGCUCAUCGUAUGGAACCUGGCAGAACAGAAGACUGUAGCCAGACUGGACAAUACUAAAGGUGUUCCUGCAUCAGUAAGUUGGUGCUGGAACUUUGCUGACGGUGUGGCAUUUGUCUCCCAACGCGGCCCGCUGUACAUCUGGGUAUAUGGCGGUACUGACCCCGGGGUCACAGUGCAUAAAGAAGCCCACUCCUUCCUGUCUGAUAUCUGUCUCUUUAGAUGGCACCCCACCAAGAAGGGCAAACUGGUGUUUGGACACACAGAUGGAAGUCUGUCUGUUUUUCAGCCAGGGAGUAAAGGCCAAAAGCAUGUGUUGCGUCCAGAGUCAUUAGAAGGAACAGAUGAAGAGGACCCAGUCAGUGCUCUAGAAUGGGACCCUUUGUCAACUGACUAUCUACUAGUGUCUAACCUCCAUAAUGGCAUCAGGCUGGUGGACAGCGAGGCCUUGGCUUGUAUCACAUCCUUCUGCUUCCCCUCAGCUGCUGCAUCAGUUCAGUGUUUGGCCUGGGUUCCCUCUGCACCAGGCAUGUUCAUCACCGGAGACUCCCAGGUUGGAGUGUUGAGGGUAUGGAAUGUGUCUCGCUCCACUCCUUUGGACAGCUUUAAACUGAAAAAGACCGGAUUUCAUGCUAUGCAUGUCUUAAACUCCCCACUUGCCAAGAAAGCUCAGAGUUCCUGUUCUCCCAGUAAAAGUCACCACACCAGUUCCACCAGUGAGGCUAUACCUCCCCCAACCCUGUCUCAGAACCGGUCCUUCUCUCUGCCUCCUGGCCAUGCUGUGUGCUGUUUUAUGGAUGGAGGGGUGGGACUCUAUGACAUGGGGGCCAAGAAAUGGGACUUCCUACGGGACUUGGGUCAUGUAGAGACUAUUUUUGACUGUAAGUUUAAGCCAGAUGAUCACAACCUGCUGGCCACAGCUAGUUUUGAUGGAACCAUCAAAAUCUGGGACACAGACACGCUAACAGCUGUUUACACCUCCCCCGGCAAUGAAGGAGUGGUCUAUUCCCUGUCAUGGGCUCCAGGAGACCUGAACUGCAUUGCAGGCGCAACAUCUCGUAAUGGAGCGUUCAUCUGGGACGUCAAGAAAGGAAAGAUCAUCACUCGCUUUAAUGAGCAUGGUAAGAACGGUAUAUUCUGUAUAUCAUGGAGCCAUAAGGAUUCUAAGAGGAUUGCUACCUGUAGUGGAGAUGGAUUCUGUAUCAUCCGGACCAUCGAUGGUAAAAUCCUCCAUAAGUACAAACAUCCGGCUGCUGUGUUUGGUUGUGACUGGAGCCAAAACAACAAGGAUAUGAUAGCAACAGGCUGUGAGGAUAAAAAUGUUCGUGUGUACUACCUGGCCACCAGCUCCGAUCAGCCUCUAAAGGUCUUCACUGGGCACUUAGCUAAAGUAUUCCAUGUUCGCUGGUCUCCACUUAGAGAGGGAAUACUGUGCUCUGGAUCAGAUGAUGGCACUGUUCGUAUAUGGGACUACACACAGGAUGUGUGUAUCAAUGUGUUGAGUGGUCAUGCAGCUCCUGUCAGAGGCUUGAUGUGGAACACAGAGAUUCCGUACCUCCUUAUUUCAGGUUCUUGGGAUUAUACAAUCAGAGUGUGGGACACAAGAGAUGGCACAUGUCUAGAUGCAGUCUACGACCACGGAGCUGAUGUCUAUGGUUUAACAUGUCAUCAGAGUCGUCCGUUCACCAUGGCCAGCUGUAGCAGAGACAGUACAGUGAGGCUUUGGUCUCUCACACCCCUCAUCUCUCCACUGCUGCUGAACAUCCUCACCAACCAGCCUUGGGAAAAGAUAAUAGGAAACACAGACACAGCUAUGGUUCCCGGCUCUCCACCGAUGCUCUGUGGUAAAGUGUCUCGAGACAUCAAGCAGGAGCUGGAUAAACUGAGCUCUGACAUCAGGGUCAAGAAACUCCGCUGGUUCUCUGAAUGCUUUUCGCCUCCAGGAGGCAGUAGCAAUCUGUGGGACUUGGUGUCAGUAAUUAACGGCCAGGACGACUCACUGCUACCAGCCAGCUACAGCAAGGGAGUGAUGCACAUGAAACACCUGCUCAAGUUUAAAACGUCUGAAGCCCAGGAGCUCACUAUAGUCAAGAUGUCUAAAUUUGGAGGAGGUAUUGGUGCUCCCAGUAAAGAGGAGAGGCUAAUAGAAGCAGCAGACAUCCAUCUGAGACUGGGACAGACUCAACGAUACUGUGAAUUAAUGGUGGAGCUGGGACAGUGGGAGAAAGCAUUAUCUGUGGCACCAGGAGUCUCCAUGAAGUAUUGGAAGAAACUCAUGCAGAGGAGAGCUGACCAGCUGAUGGCUGAGGAUAAUGAUGAUGCUAUCCCAUACUGCAUCGCCACAGGAGACAUAAAAAAACUUGUAACUUUCUUCACCGGCCGUGGACAACUGCUAGAGGCCUUAAUAAUAGCACAGGGAGCAUGUGAAGGGAACAUUCGUGCACCUCAAAGCUCCCCAGUUAACCACAUGACUAAUGAUGUGGAUAACAGACUACAAUACCAGAGUCUCCUCUAUAAGGUAUGUAAGGAACUAGCUGAGUGGUACUUUCAGGACGGAUGCUCUGUCCUUGCAGCAUGCUGCCACCUAGCUGUGGACAAUAUCAAGUUAGCCAUGUCAAGUCUUAUCCGAGGUAAUGAGCUGGAGUUGGCAGCAUGUGUGGGUAUUGUCCUAGGAGAGGCAGCUAAUCAGAGCACUGCAUACUGUCUUGAACUCUUGGCCAGGAAAUACAUGACAACUACUACAUGGGAGCUCUCAGCUGACCUACUGCGAAUGAUUCCUGACAACCACAUUCUAUUGUCCAAGCUGUGUGCAUUUUACCCAGGAAGUGUCGCUGAAAUCAACCACUUUCAUGAAAGUUGCGGUCUCCCUUCAUUAGAGGAAUGUAAGGCCCUCGCAGAAGCAGCCAUGUGUGAAGGAGAUUUGUUCUCAGCAGUAAAAUUCCACCUGCUGAGCUCUGAUCCCGAGAACGCCCUUCGGAUAGGGCUAGAUCACGUUAAAGAACAACUGACUCGACCUGAUUGGACAGUGGAUAUUGUUCAGCCAAUCCUGGACCUGAUGAGUUACAUCAGAACUGACUGCCUCAUCAAGGCCAAGUUGACUGGAGCCCGCAGUGAGCUGUUGAUCCUGUGUGGUUACAUUGGCGGUCUGCUGGCCAUCAGAAGACAGUACUUGAGCAUCGUGCCUGCACUCUACGAAUACACCAGUCAGCUGAUGAAGCGGAGGGAAGUGUGUGUUCCUCUGAAGAUUGAGCAGCUGUCUAUGGAGCUGGAUACCUGGCGGGCCUGCACACAAAGUAACAGCAAUCCUUCAUCAGAGUGUCAAAGAGAGGAGUUCAGCUACCUCGAGAGGAGAAUCCAGCCAACACAACCUGAUGGUUUAGUCCUGUGUGGUGCUGAUUAUGUGACAGGAUCCAAUCUGCCAAGCCACUCAGAUGUUCAACUGUCAUGUUUCACCGGACACAGAAUACAGGGACCAGUGUUUUUGCUGGAGGAUGAUAAAUCAGCAAUCUCUCUUAAUGAUGCCUUAAUGUGGGCAGAAGUCAAUCCUUUCUCUCCUCUGGGAACAGGACUCCGCAUCAACCCCUUCUAACACAUGCACACAAAGAGGACAUUCCAAGUGGAAGGUUAAUAUAUUGGAAGGACAGAAGAAAAAUGUAAACUGAGCUGAAAAUAACAUUUUUGUGCUUCAGCUACGUACUUAGAUUGACACAAAAAAUAACAUGCACAAACAGCAAAAACACUAAUGCUACAAUACAGAAAUAUCAACAUUAAUUAGAAAUGCUAACAACUGAAAUGUGAAAUUAUAUUUCUGAAGAAUCCCAAAUGCAUUGCUGUGCACUGCUGACACUGUAAUGUAAAACUCAGAUCAGAAUUGGAAGAUCAAUCGAAAGAUGCUGAAAAUACAUGCAUUACUAGAAAAACUGGAUUAGGAUGCAGUGUCAAGGGUGGGAAUUGAAAUUAAUCGGAUAAUAAGGCUGAAAAUAUAAAUACUUUGUGCUUUAAAAAGUGUAAUCCAUAGAAAAAAGUUGAAUACAAGUGUCCGUAAAGAGCAUUAGGUUUUGGCGUUUGAACAGCUGAAAUACUUUUCAAAGCACUGUUGAUGUAAUUUAAAUUAGCAAAAUUUGAAGAUGAACUGCAUUACUUUAAAAAAUGUAAGAGCUGAAAUACAUUGCUAUAAAAGCUGGAAGCUAAACUGUAAUAGCCUACUUUCAGAAGUGAAAGUAUAAAUUGAUUAAC